UUUGUUCAUGUUUCGGACAGGGUUAUCUCGACUCUUCACUCAGAGUGGCAGAGUUGCUUGCCACAACGCUAAUGCUGUCCGUGCACUCUCCUCGGAGGUGAGCGAGGGAAAGGUUAUCGCCGUUAUCGGUGCUGUCGUCGAUGUUCAGUUCCCCAACCAGCUUCCUCCCAUCCUCAAUGCUCUGGAGGUCGGUGGACGGGCCGAGGGACAGAAACUUACUCUGGAAGUCGCCCAGCAUCUUGGUGAUAACACCGUGAGGACUAUUGCUAUGGACGGUACAGAGGGACUCGUGAGAGGCCAGCCCGUUGCUGACACUGGUGCCCCCAUCAUGAUCCCCGUCGGACCUGAAUGUCUCGGACGUAUCAUGAACGUUACUGGCGAGCCAAUUGACGAGCGUGGUCCAAUCACAACUCUCCACAAGUCUGGUAUCCAUCAAGAGGCCCCUGAGUUCACCGACAUGAGCGUCGAACAGGAGAUCCUGGUAACUGGUAUCAAGGUUGUGGAUCUGCUUGCCCCCUACUGUAAAGGAGGAAAGAUUGGUCUUUUCGGUGGUGCUGGAGUAGGAAAAACUGUACUUAUUAUGGAACUGAUCAACAACGUAGCCAAGGCUCACGGAGGUUACUCCGUGUUCUCUGGUGUAGGAGAGCGAACUCGUGAAGGUAACGAUCUCUACUACGAGAUGAUUGAGGGAGGUGUUAUCAACCUUGAGGGACAGUCCAAGGUAGCCCUUGUCUACGGACAGAUGAACGAGCCCCCAGGUGCCCGUGCCCGAGUUGCUCUGACUGGACUCACUGUUGCUGAAUACUUCAGAGAUCAAGAGGGACAGGAUGUGCUCCUUUUCAUUGACAACAUUUUCCGAUUCACCCAGGCUGGUUCCGAGGUGUCUGCUCUUCUGGGACGUAUCCCAUCUGCUGUCGGUUACCAACCAACCCUGGCCACUGACAUGGGUAGUAUGCAGGAACGUAUCACCACCACCAAGAAGGGAUCCAUCACCUCCGUCCAGGCUAUCUAUGUGCCCGCUGACGAUCUGACUGAUCCGGCCCCUGCCACAACCUUCGCGCAUCUUGACGCCACCACUGUCUUGUCUCGUGAUAUUGCUGCGUUGGGUAUCUACCCCGCUGUCGAUCCACUCGAUUCUACUUCUCGUAUUAUGGAUGCUAACAUCAUCGGUAAUGAUCACUACGACAUCGCCCGACGUGUCCAGAAGAUCCUUCAGGAUUACCGAUCUCUACAAGAUAUUAUCGCUAUCCUUGGUAUGGAUGAGUUGUCCGAAGAGGAUAAGUUGACCGUAUCUCGAGCUCGUAAGAUCCAGAGGUUCCUUUCUCAACCCUUCCAGGUCGCUGAGAUCUUCACCGGAACCCCCGGAAAAUUCGUCUCCCUGGAGAACACCCUCAACGGAUUCACCUCCAUCUGCAACGGUGAACUGGAUCAUAUCCCAGAGGUCGCAUUCUACAUGGUCGGUGAUAUCGAUGAGGUCGUGUCCAAGGCAGAAUCUCUCUAACUUACCUCUAUCUUAGGCUCAUGUUUACUCGGACUUUGAGUGGACUCGAGUUUUUGUAAUUUUUACUAAUAUAUAUGAUUUGAUAAAUGAUGAAGAGGUUUUGUGUUGAUGUACUAGUACUACAAUGUAUUAAGUUAUUGUACAA